UCGCACGAUGUCGUCGUUCCAGCCGCACGAGAGCGCCGCCCCCGCCGCGAAGCUGUGCGUCGCCGGCUGCGGCUUCUUCGGCAGCCCGGCCACCCACGACAUGUGCUCCGUCUGCUACAAGAAGCACCACAGCGUCGUCAGCGGCGGCGGCGGCUCAGGCGCCUCCGCUGCCACCGCGGCAUCCGGACCCGUCGCGCGAUCCGCGUGUGAACCGGCGGUGGCGGCGCACGACGCUAGCGUCUGUCUCGUACCGGCCAAAGACGUCGCUGAAGCCACCGCAUCGUUGUCCUCCUCCGCCCCCACGCCCGAGGCGGCGAGGAAGGCGCAGCCGAACCGGUGCGCGGCGUGCUGCAAGAAGGUUGGGCUGACGGGGUUCGUGUGCCGCUGCGGGAAGACCUUCUGCGGGAUGCACCGGUACGCGGAGGAGCACGGCUGCGCGUUCGACUUCAAGGGCGCCGGCCGCGCCACCAUCGCCCGCGCCAACCCCCUCAUCAAGGGAGACAAGCUGCCCGGCAGAAUCUGAUCGUCGCGGUUCACGCCCGUGCAGUGCAAUGGAUUCAGAACUUCAGAUCAUCAGAAGCAAACAUUCUGUAUGGCCAACCGUCGCAACUUUCGCAUCAACUCGUCUCGAUCUGAAGAGCAGCGUCUGGCUAGAUUUGUGCGAUGCAUGCCCAUCAGGGCUCAAUUCCGUUCGCACUGUUUUGUAACCAGCUGAUGUUUGGGAACAUGAUCAGCAUUCAUUUGAAUUUUGUUUUUGUCCUCGUUUUCGUAUAAUCAAAGAUCGUAUCUGCUUA